GCUCCACCAAUUAUUGAUUGCAAAUGAACUUCUUAUAUUACGGCAUCAUAUACUCAGMAUUUUAACUCGAUAUAUUCAGUUGCCACACCGAGUACUUCAGAAGUAAUACACCUAUAUUAGCUCGCAGAAAGAAGUCGAAACACCUGCUUUAUAGUGAAGUCUUUACAAGCUGUGGACAAGACCAGCUCCUGCAUCUCAACCACAGAAAAGACCUACUCCUACAUCCCGCAUUAUAGAUAUGUCAUUGUCUAAGGAAAACACACAAGGAAACCUAAACUAUUUUAGAUUACGAAAAGUGCUUGGUAUUGUAGAGGAACAUGUACGUCAAGUGUUCAUACAAGAAUGGGAUCGCCUUCAUAAAUCUACACACGGCCAAUGGAUCGAUUCUAGCCAAAAUGGACGUGACUUUUACAAUAUGGCUGCACCAUGGGAGAAAGGGAAGAAGCAUAAGCAUUUAUUAUCAAACAUACAAACAGGGGACACUUCCAAGUGGGAUUGGUCUUGCUUUUUCCACGCUUUGUUACAUUCURAGUGCAUUGGUAAAGGAGCCCUUGAUCCAAAAACCAGAACCAGCCUGAAAACUUUAAGAAUAUUCCGAAAUGACAUGGCACACGAUGGAAUUAAUGGAAGUCGUGUUAGUGUGGGAGAUGCAGAUUUUAAAGUAGCUAUYGAAAAAGUCAUAAAUGCUUUAAAGGAUCUAAAUCGUGAUGUGACAAUCGUAGAGGCCAUAAAAACUGAAACUAGCUUCGAAACAAAAGAGCUUAAAGAAAUUCAGAAMAAAUUAGACGAGGAAAAAAAGCAAAAUGCAAAGUUAAAGGAACCAAAGCCCUUUUGUGAACUGCCACCAAAGCCACCUCAUAAAAUCAUCGACCGUAAAACAGAAGUGGACUUAAUAUGGACGAAGAUGGAAGAGCUCCAAUGCAAGCAUGAUAACGAAGUGACCCAUGUGUACUUGUCCGGUAACCCCGGAUCCGGAAAAAGCGAAGUGGCAAGACAAAUAGGGGAAAUKUUUUGGUCAAAAAAUGCCAGUAAUCAGGCUUUUGCAGUUACAUUGAACGCGUCCACCAAGCAAGACUUGUUACAAUCAUACACUGAUUUUGCACGGCUUCUAAAAUGCAGUGAAAGUAGUAUAAACUCAAUGCUGACAGAAAGGUUUUCAGAUGAUGAUAAAAUUAAUCAUCUUAUUUCAAUUACGAAGCCUAGAGUUGAGAUGUUUUCCUCGUGGCUUGUUAUUGUUGAUAAUGUCAAGUAUGAUUUUAAGGAAGUUUGGAGAUUCAUUCCAGAAUUAGGAAAGAAAAUACAAACGAAAGGCCAAGUGUUAAUUACAACACAAGACAGCAAUUCAAUUAAUUUGAGAAGUCCAAAUGUGUAUCACGUGUCUUUAAGUGGUGGCAUGGAACCGAAUGAUGCUGCGAAAGCCCUUCGGAAAUUAUCAGAUGAUGAUGAUGAUGAUGAUGAUGAUGAUGAUGAUGAUGAUGUGAUUGUACGUGAAAUUGCCAGGGAACUUGAUUAUCAGCCACUUACUCUAGCUUGUGCGGCCUUCUAUAUGAAUUCAGUGAGAUUUGCGCAUGACUUUACGUGGACUGAAUGCCUUGAGAAGAUACAGCAAGGAAGGAAAGACAUCAUGGGCAAGAUGGAAGAUGUUGUCGAGAUGUCUUUGAGAGAACUUAUAGAAAAAGAUAGCAAGAUGAGGCACGCAUUUGAAUUUUUAUCAGUUAUCAGCCAACAGCCUAUACCAAUAGAAUAUGUCGUUCGCUAUGUUUCCAAGUGUUUACCAGAUGAGGACGAAUACUUGAUGCCAUAUCAUAUUACACUUUGCUCGUUCAUCCUUCAUCUACAACAAUACGAACAAGCCAAGCAAUACUUUGAAAAAGCGAUUGCAAUGGACGAACGAGUGUAUGACGGAGAUCAUCCAACGUUAGCAAUACAUCUUACCUAUCUUGGGGAUGUCCUAAAUGAUCUUGGACGAUAUGAAGAUUCUAGAAAGUACUUGAAGGAAUCAAUCGAUAUUUAUGAACGCCUAUACGAAGGAAACCACCCACAAAAAUCCUCUGUUUUUAACAAUUAUGCAGGCGUGCUCUACAGUCUAGGCAGAGAAAAAGAGUCCCUAGAGUACUUGGAAAAAGCGCUUUUCAUCGAUGAAAAUGCAUAUGGGGAGAACUACUCAGGCUUACAAAACACAUUAAGUAAUUUGGGGAGUGUAUUAAAACAGCUCGAUAGAUGUAAUGAAGCAAUAGUGUACAUAGAAAGAGCUAUUGAUAUUUGCAAACAAGCCUACAAUGACGAAAACCACCCACAGAUGGCUAUUCAUUUAGCUACCCUAGGAAUGGCAAAUGAAAAGCUUGGAAAUCGGGAAAAAGCUAAGGAAUGCCUCGAAAGAGCUGUUCAAAUUGACAGAAAGGUCUACGGCAGGAUUCACCCUCAACUAGCAGAGCACUUGAGCCAUCUUGGAAAUCUGCUGGAGGAACUUGGAGAACGCAAUGAAGCAAAGAAAUGUUUGGAAGAAGCAUUAACGAUUUCAGAAUCCUUAUAUAAUAGCAAUCAUCCAAUAUUGGCAAUGGAUCUAAACAACCUUGCUAUGUUGUUGAUAAAGCUUGGGAAUCAACAAGAGGCACAUGUACAUCUGAAAAGAGCCUACGAUAUUUGCCAACAGUGCUUUGACAUGAAUCAUCCUACUAGGAAAAGGAUAGAAAACAAUUAUGUUCUUAAUGUUCUUAAACAAAAACCUUAAACGUAGAAACGAAAAUACAGAACGCGAUCUUCAUCAGGCAAGCUGAUUGACGAUAAGAAAACAAAGAUACAGGAAUAUCUUCACAAAACCGGCCUGAUAAAAGGCUAAUAGAAUCAGUUUAAUUAGUAAAACCAAAAUACAUUAAAAUACAACAGGCACCGCGAAGCAGGGAAGGAGAGUGGGUUU